GGGGCCAGACCCGGGCGGUGGCAGACUUCUAGCGGGCGGCUGGUAGGUUGCUGCAGACGCGUAACUAGCAGGGUAGAUCGCUAGCCAGGCGUUCUGAGCUCUGAGCUGCGGCCGCCCCUUCCCUUCCGCCCAACUCCGCUGCGCCCGGCGCCCCAGGCCAGACAACGACCGGGUGUGCCCGGCCCAGAAUAUUCCAUGCAGGUAGGAGGCCUGUGGCAGCCUCCUGAGCAUGGUGCCUUUGACCUAGCCACCCUGUGUGCGAUGUGUACGCUGAAGAUUGGUGCCUUUCCGUCCAGCAAAUCCACCCACCACCUCUGCUCUGGCUCCAGAGAUGGGCAGGAAAUGAGCCCUGGAGUGAGCUGACCAGUAAAACAGCCCAGAAGUUCUGCAUAAAAUUGUGUUUCAGUUCAUGUUGGAAAAUGGAUGGUUCAGAGGCAGAUUUCAACCUGAAAGUCGUCCUGGUCAGUUUUAAGCAGUGUCUCAACGAGAAGGAGGAGGUUCUGCUGGACCACUACAUCACCAGCUGGAAGGGGCUGGUCAGGUUUCUGAACAGCCUGGGCACGGUCUUCUCAUUCAUUUCCAAGGAUGUAGUCUCAAAGCUGCACAUCAUGGAGCGACUGAGGAGCAGCCCUCAGUGUGAGCACUACAUGAGCCUGCAGUCCAUGGUGGCCUAUGAGAUGGGAAAUGGGCUGGUAGACCUGGAUCGCCGCUCCCGCCACCCUGACUCAGGCUGCCGAACCACACUGCGACUACACCGGGCUCUACACUGGCUGCAGCUGUUCCUGGAAGGCUUGCACACCAGCCCUGAAGAUGCACAAACCUCCACACUCUGUGCCAACUCCUACCAUGCCUCACUGGCUGCUUACCACCCGUGGAUUGUGCGCCAAGCUGUCACAGUGGCCUUCUGUGCCCUGCCCUCACGCAAGGCCCUUCUCGAAGCCAUGAACAUGGGGUCCCCUGAGGAGGCUGUGGAGAUGCUAAGCGAGGCCCUGCCCUUCAUCAAGCAAGUGUACGACAUCUCCCAGAGGCUCUAUGCGGAGCACUCCUUGCUGAACCUGCCCUAGCGGCCAGCACCCAGGGUUGAUGGCUCCCUACACUGCAGGGUUGGGCAGGCCAAGGCCUGCACUCUACACACAGCUUUUUGGGUGCCACUGUCACUCCUGUGAGCUGAGCUUGCUGAAAGCUGUGGACAAACAGGAAAUGCAGGCUUAUGCCCCUCUGAGCCAUAGCCAACCCCUCAGCCUCAGUUACACACGCUCAGUUCAGGCCACUCUGAGGUACAGACAAUAGAUCAGGCAGGACACUUCCUUGUGAGUACAGCAGCUAGAGGGCUCAUCCCAUCUGUGUGUGUGAAAUGUAUACGGUCACAGGUGCCUUGGGCACAGAGGCUCUGUCUUCCUCUAGCUGAGUGUUUAGUUUCCCAUGCCUGUCACAGGGCCAGGACACAAAGGACACAGUGUCUAUACCAGGCAGACAGCCUCAGUCCCCCCCAUACCCUGGCUGGAGCCUAGGUGUAGGUCUGAACAUGGUGGGCUUUCUUCUUGCCCUUCACCUCCUCACUGACCUCAUGCAGAGCAAGCUAGCAGCUUUCUGUCCAAGGCCCCUAGAAAGUCCUGGGAAGGCCUCCAGAGCCCCUGCAGGCAUCAGCUCCUAAAGGGCUUGUUACAAGGCACUUCCACUUAGCCUGAGGUCCUGGCAGCCCAACACCACUUGAUGGAGACAGGCCUCCUCCUCCACAGCUGCACCCCACAAGAUGCCAUAUUUCUUCCCCUGCGCUGCUGCCCCAUCCCCGUGUGGUCAGGACAUCCUGAUGGUGCAUGGUAUGGGAAAGGGGCCAGCCCUUGCUACCCAACAGCCAGCACCCAGCCGGUGGGGACCUGGCCUCUCCAACUGGACCAGGACAGUGUCUACAGGGAAGCAGAUGCAUCAGUGCUUGCAAGACUUGCCUGGUCCCUAAUGUAUGUGGUAAUUCUCAGCAUAAUAAAAUUACACUUAUGGGACUGGGUGUGGCAUUCCAGGGUGGGUCCUGGGGUCCACCAGGUCCCUGAUGACUUGGAAGACUCAGCAAAGGACCCCAAGCACAGAGCUAAAGCAUGCACUCCCUGACCCCAAGGGCUCACAGGGCAGUGUCAGUCAUGGCGACACAAGACCAGCCCAGGACAGCAGGCAGGGUCAGGAGGAGGUGCUGUUUUAUUCCCAUUCCUGGAGGUCAUUAGCUUAGUCAUGCACCCCCUACUUUU